GGACUAGGGGAAUAAGAUAAAAAUGUAAAUAUAGUGAAAGAGAAAAGUAAAGAAGAAAUGAAUGGCUAAAAAGGAGGAACUGUUUUAGAACAACAGGCGAGCCUGAAACCAUGCUUCCCCCAUUAUGCAUGUGGGUGUUGAUCCAAACAACUUGUGCUCCUUCCUCAUCUCUGCAUGAAAUCAAAGAAUGAUGGUUUCAACAAUGGAACCAGAAAACGUUCUGGUGUUCGGAAGCAUGCCAAAGACCCAGAUGAUACAAAGUUCCCAUUUAGUUUGUACCAACUUCUCCAGGUUGCCAAAUGCCAGUGUAUUUUACUCUUCCAGUCCUCUCACUUUGAUGCUUCCUCUUUUGCUGCUCCAAUUAUCCCUUGGCUCCGCUGCCAUUCUCGUUACCUUUUAUCUCCUCAGGCAUUUUGGCCUGCCCCUCAUGCUCGCUCAAGUUUUGGGUGGAGUGCUCCUGGGGCCAUCAUUGCUAUGCCGGAUUCCAGGGCUUCUCAACAUGAUAUUCCCCAUCAGAAGUUUCUUGCUAAUGGAUGUAGUAUCCACCAUGGGUUUUAUGUUUUACUUCUUUCUCGUGGGUGUACAGACAGAUAUAUGGCUGCUUAAGAAGAUAACAAAAAAGUCGUUCGCCAUUGGGUUUUUCUCGGUGGCUGUGCCCAUGAUCCUAACCUUGGGCAUGUCCCUUUUGUGGAUGCAAUUCAAUGUCAAUCCUAACGAAAAGAAGAAGGUCGAUAGGCUUCCGGAAAUAGCAAAGGCAGAAUCUCUGGUUUCCUUUCAAAUAGUAUCAUACUAUCUUUCUGAGCUUAGGGUCAUAAAUUCAGAGAUUGGCAGAGUGGCAUUAUGUUCGUCCAUGGUUAGUACGCUAUGUAGCACCUGUGUGGUUACAUCUAAUAUUCUAUGGAACCAAUCAAAAGAUGACCUGUCGCGCUUCUUUCAAUCCAUUUGUUAUGGCAUCAUCUUUGCAGCUCUGGUCUGCUGUAUUCUUGGCCCUUUGCUUCUUUGGGAGAUGAAACAUACUUUGGGUGGACAACCUUUGAAACAAGGUAACUUAGUUGUGUUGUUCAUAGCAGUGCUUAUGUCAGGGUUUUGGGGUCAUAGUUUCGGCUUAAACAUUUAUUUUGGCCCCCUUCUUUUUGGGUUGAUAAUACCAUCAGGGCCGCCACUGGGGUCAGCGCUUGUAGAGAAGCUUGAUGUGAUAACCAACUGGGUGCUAAUGCCCUUAUUUUUUGUCAAAUUUGGGCUAGCAGUAGACAUCUUUGCUCUUAGUCUUAAAACUUACUUCAAAGUGCAAUUUUUUGCGCUCUUGGGCGCAUUUGGGAAAUUCUUAGGAGCCUCCCUCUGUGCACUCAGCUGUCAAAUGCCGCAAAGGGAUGCUAUCGUGCUUGGCUUUUUCAUGACUUUCCAAGGCAUCAUCGAGCUUGACUUGUUUAGGCUAAUGAAGCGUAAACAGAUAAUAGGUGAUGAGGCCUUUUCAGCCAUGUGCUUAACAGCACUGAUAGGCUCAGGAGUUGUGGCAUUAGUUGUACCAUGUUUCUACGAUCCUUCAAAGAGGUACGAGGGUUACUAUGGAAGAACUUUGGCAUACUCAAGACACAACUCUGAACUAAGAGUCCUAGUCUGCAUUCAUGAGGAACAAAAUGUUCCAUCUGCCAUUAAUGUCCUCGCUACCCUGAAGCCCACCAAGCAGAGUCCGAUUGCUGUUUACAUGCUUCACAUGGUUGAGCUGAUGGGGAGUGCUACCCCACUCCUGAUGCGACAAAAGAGGCCCAAAAAGCUGUCUACUAGGACAAGGGGCUCAGCCCCUAUAAUCGAUGCCUUCAAAAUCUUCGAGGAAAACCAUGAAGGUCUUGUCUCAGUUUCCCCCUUCAUUUCAGUAUCGCCUCCACAAACAAUGCAUGAGGAUGUGUUUCAAAUUGCACUUGAAAAAGGGACUUCACUGGUUAUAAUUCCUUUCUACAAGAAAUUUCAUGUCGGUGGAGCGGUGUACUUGUCUAAAAGGUCCUUAAAGAUCGCCAACCAAAAUGUCCUCGAUCAGGCACCUUGCUCGGUUGCAAUACUUGUUGACCGUGGCACCCUCAAAACCCUGCAUGCCAUUUGGGCCGGCUGGUCUUCUUCCGAAGUUGCUGUCAUCUUCUUGGGUGGAGCUGAUGAUCAGGAGGCAUUGGCUUUGGCGGCUAAGAUGACUGGAUGUCAAAAUAUCAAUUUGACACUCAUACGAAUCAUUUACGAUGGAGAUUUUCCAGAUAAAUAUAUGGAGGGGAUUCGGAAUGACAAUGAAAGUCUGGGGCAGUUUCAAACAAAUAUCUCUGGGAGCACUUGUGCCAAGUACUGGGAGGAAGUAGCCAAGGAUGGGGCAGGGACUGCUUCAGUCCUUCGCACCCUGGAGAAUCAAUACGACAUUAUAGUGGUAGGUAGGCGUCAUUACGACACGUUUCCUCUGUUGUCAGGGUUAACAGAAUCGAAUGAGAACAAGGAGUUGGGUGUAAUCGGUGAUAUGUUGGCUUCCUCAGAUUUCCUCGGAAACACCACCAUCUUGGUGGUUCAACAACAUACUGACAACAGUCAUAGCGAGUGAAAUGAAAUACAUACAUACAUACUAAAAAAUGUUUUUAUGUCAAAUGGAUGUCUCACAUCACAAGUGAGACCAUAGAGCAAAACUGACCUGCAAAUGGUAUACUAGAACUAGCAGAUUGAUUUAUAGUAAGGAUAGAUAGGCAAUCUACGAGACCAUGUACCUUUUAAUUGAAGAAAGAUCACAUAACAUAACAAGCCAAACACAUGAUACUAUAUCAACAAAA